AUGCAGUCGGCUAAGAUGGCCUCGGGACUAGGGCGACAGCUGCUGCGGCUGGGGGCCAGCAGCUCGCGGUCCAGCACGCCGCUGGGGCGGACCCUGUCCAGUCCUCCGCGCCGAGCCUAUGUUAGCGGAGCCGCCCAGGCGGCGGUGCACAAGUCUGAGCCCCUUUCUUCUGAUGCUUCUGCCAAGGAGAGCCAGGCUAAGGCGGAAUCGAAGUCCUUUGCUGUGGGGAUGUUUAAGGGACAGCUCACCACCGAGCAUGUUUUUCCUUACCCGGCUGUGCUCAGUGAAGAACAGACCCAGUUUCUUAAGGAGCUGGUGGGGCCCGUGUCCCGUUUCUUUGAGGAGGUGAACAAUCCUGCCAACAAUGACAGUUUGGAGCAGGUGGAGGAGACCACCAUGCAAGGCCUCAAGGAGCUAGGGGCCUUUGGUCUGCAAGUGCCCAGUGACCUGGGUGGUGUGGGCCUCUGCAACACCCAGUACGCUCGCCUGGUGGAGAUUGUGGGCAUGCACGACCUUGGCGUGGGCAUCACCCUGGGGGCCCAUCAAGGCAUCGGUUUCAAAGGCAUCCUGCUCUUUGGCACAAAGGCCCAGAAAGAAAAGUAUCUCCCCAAACUGGCAUCUGGGGAGAUUUUGGCUGCUUUCUGUCUCACUGAGCCCUCCAGCGGAUCGGAUGCCGCCUCCAUCCGAAGCACAGCUGUGCCCAGUUCCUGUGGAAAAUAUUAUACCCUCAACGGAAGCAAGAUUUGGAUCAGCAAUGGAGGCCUGGCAGAAAUCUUCACAGUCUUCGCCAAAACGCCAGUUAAAGACGCUUCCACAGGUGCCAUGAAGGAGAAGAUCACUGCGUUUGUGGUGGAGAGGAGCUUUGGAGGCAUCACCCACGGGCCUCCUGAGAAGAAGAUGGGCAUCAAGGCCUCCAACACAGCUGAGGUGUACUUUGACGGGGUGCGGGUGCCAUCAGAGAAUGUGCUAGGUGAAGUGGGGGGCGGCUUCAAGGUCGCCAUGCACAUUCUCAACAAUGGAAGAUUUGCCAUGGCUGCAGCCCUGGCAGGCACCAUGAGAGGCAUCAUCGCUAAGGCAGUGGACCAUACUGUUAACCGGACCCAGUUUGGGGAGAAAAUUUACAGCUUUGGGAUGAUCCAGGAGAAGCUGGCCCGGAUGGCUAUGCUGCAGUAUGUGACCGAGUCCAUGGCUUACAUGGUGAGCGCCAACAUGGACCAGGGUGCCAAGGACUUCCAGAUAGAAGCUGCCAUCAGCAAAAUCUUUAGCUCGGAGGCAGCGUGGAAGGUGACGGAUGAGUGCAUCCAAAUCAUGGGGGGCAUGGGCUUCAUGAAGGAGCCAGGGGUAGAGCGUGUACUGCGUGACGUUCGCAUCUUCCGGAUCUUUGAGGGAACAAAUGACAUUCUCCGCCUGUUUGUGGCUCUGCAGGGCUGUAUGGACAAAGGAAAAGAACUCUCUGGACUUGGCAGCGCUCUUAAGAAUCCUUUUGGGAAUGCCAGCCUCCUGCUAGGAGAAGCAGGGAAACAGCUGAGGCGGCGGGCUGGGCUGGGCAGCGGCCUGAGUCUCAGUGGACUUGUCCACCCAGAACUGAGUCACAGCGGCGAGCUGGCAGUACAAGCUCUGGAGCAGUUUGCCACAGUGGUGGAGGCCAAGCUGAUAAAAUAUAAGAAGGGAAUUGUCAAUGAACAAUUCGUGCUGCAGCGCCUGGCAGAUGGCGCCAUCGACCUUUAUGCCAUGGUGGUGGUUCUCUCCAGGGCCUCAAGAUCUCUGAGCGAGGGCUCACCCACAGCCCAGCAUGAGAAAAUGCUCUGUGACAGCUGGUGUACAGAGGCCGCAGCUCGGAUCCGGGACAACAUGGCUGUUCUGCAGUCUGACCCCCAGCAGCAGGGGCUCUUCCGAAACUUCAGAAGCAUCUCCCAGGCCUUGGUGGAGCAGGGUGGACUGGUGACCCGCAACCCCUUGGGCUUCUGAGCACUUGCAGCCAUGGCCUG